AUGGGAAUCUCAGCUGUUCCACCAAUCGCAAUCAUCGGCGGUGGCCCAUGCGGUCUCACGUUAGCACGUCUGCUCCAGACCGCAAGCAUCAAUUAUGUCGUUUUUGAGCGCGACGAGUCUCCAACAUCAACACUAAGAAGCCAAGGUGGUACGCUAGACAUCCAUAAAGAAUCAGGCCAAGAAGCGCUCCGUCGCGCAGGUCUCCACGACCAGUUCAAGUCAUUGGCUCGAUGCGAUGCGACAACGAUGACCUUGAUGGACUUUCAAGGGAAAUUCCGGGCUUCGUUUGGAGAAGAUGAUGGUGGUGAUAGACCAGAGAUAGACCGUCGACAGCUGCGACAAUUGUUACUCAAUUCUUUGCCAACGGAUCGUAUUCGUUGGGGCAAGAUAUUGGAUGCUGUUUAUCAGAAGGAAAAUGGAGGAGCGCGCGAUUGGACCCUCAAGUUUCGCGACGGAUCGACUGAGAGUGGCUUUCGACUCAUUGUCGGAGCAGAUGGUGCUUGGAGCAAAGUACGGUCUCUCAUCACUGACGCCAAGCCCAUCUAUUCUGGGAAAUCGUUUAUUGAAGGCAGAAUAUCACCAGACAACUCACAAUACAAACUCGCGCAACAAAUAGCAGGCAAAGGAACAGCCGUGGCAAUGAGUGCCAAAUCCACCCUCGCAGUCCAACAAUUAUCCGAUACCUCAUACCGGAUGUACAUGGGCGUAGUAGCACCUGAGUCCUUGACGCGUCCUGGCGGUGACGCUGAUCCAAAUGACAUGGACAAAGCGCGAAAGACGAUGCUUGGAUCUGGAGGCUUUUACGAAAACUGGACACAAGACUUGAGACGUUUAAUCAAGGCGUCUGAGGGACCGUGGCGCCCUUGGCCACUUUAUCGCCUCGAUAAGACCUUGUUCUCUUCUAAUGAUGAAGAUGUACACCAUGGCCGACCUAGAUGGAAACGCGCUCCAGGCGUUGUUUUGCUCGGAGACGCUGCGCAUCUCGCUACUCCAAAUGGUGAAGGCGUGAACCAAGCCAUGUAUGACGCGCUUGUACUAUUCGACCAAAUCAUCUCCGAAACUGGGGUUCGCGAAGGACCUUAUGAUCAGAAACAUGAUGCAGAAGCUCUAGAGCGGGCAAUUGUUGCUUAUGAGAAGGAGAUGCGACCUAGAGCUUACGAGCAUAUCCAGAGCAGUAUCGACAUGGAAGAUAUGAUGUAUGCUGAUGAUGGGGCUCAGCGCAUGAUAGAGGCUUUCAAGUGUGCUCAUGGCGAGAGUUAG